GUUGUAGAUAUUAUUUUAAUUUGGAAAGCUCUGCCUGUUUUUCUCUAAAAAAUCCUUUUUAAGUUUAAGGUCGUAAGAGAAACAAGGAAAGACCAACUAAAAUGGCGGUUGCAACAUUUAGAAGCGGGCGAUUGCCGCUGUUUCAUCACCCUCAGUUGCCUAACAAAGCAGCAGCAGCAGCAGCAGCAGGUUGUUUAAGAAGGUCGGGUGUUGGAUUAAAGAAGCUAAACGGGCGUUCCAAAUCCAGGGCCUUGUUGCUUUUUGCCCAAAACUCUCAACCUUCUCAAACGCAAGAACAGGAUCGAUUCUCUUCUCGCUUCCAAAGUAGUAUUGAGAACUUACCCCAAUUGGUGGAGGACAUUGUCCGGACAUCUAUAAGCACAGGUCCACGAGGAGCCCUAAGACUAGCUCAAGGUAUUCAAGCAUUUGUCGGUGUUGGUGGGGAAUGGCUUGCUGAUGUCUCUAGGUCCACAAAUACAUCUACUCGGAUACCAUCUGAAUUGCAGCUUGGGUUGCUUUCGCCACUUUACUUAAGGAAAUUGUUUGAACGUAUGGGUGCAACCUAUAUCAAAUUAGGUCAGUUCGUAGCAUCUGCACCUACAUUAUUCCCACCAGAGUAUGUUGAAGAAUUUCAGAAAUGCUUUGAUAGAGCUCCUGCAGUUCCAUAUGAAGACAUCCAAAGGAUCUUACUUCAAGAACUAGGGAGACCAAUUGAUAGCAUAUAUGAAUAUAUUGAUCCAACACCAAUUGCCUCAGCCUCUAUAGCACAGGUACAUGGUGCAAGGCUUAGAGGCUCCCAAGAUGAUGUAGUUAUAAAGGUGUUGAAACCUGGAAUUGAGGACAUUUUGGUGGCAGACCUGAACUUCAUUUAUGUAGUGGCUCGAAUAUUGGAGUUCUUAAAUCCUGAGUUAAGCCGUGCUUCACUGGUUGGUAUUGUUAAAGACAUACGGGAGUCUAUGCUUGAAGAAGUUGACUUCAAUAAGGAGGCUGCAAAUAUUGAAUCCUUCAGGAGAUAUCUUGAAGCCAUGGGAUUAACAAGGCAGGCAACAGCUCCGAGAGUGUACAACCAUUGCAGCACACGACGAGUUUUAACCAUGGAGAGGCUAUAUGGGGUUCCUCUUACUGAUUUAGACACUAUAAGUUCACUUGUCUCUAGCCCAGAGAAUAGUCUUAUUACUGCACUUAAUGUCUGGUUUGGUAGUUUACUUGCUUGUGAGUCCUUUCAUGCUGAUGUGCAUGCAGGCAAUUUAUGGUUAUUGCGUGAUGGUCGUAUUGGAUUUCUUGAUUUUGGUAUUGUUGGACGCAUAUCACCAAAAACAUGGGCUGCCAUGGAAGUGUUUUUGGCAUCUAUUGCAACUGAAGAGUAUGAGUCAAUGGCAGCUGCCUUGAUUGAAAUGGGAGCAACCAAUAAGGAUGUUGAUGCUAAGGCCUUUGCAAGAGACUUGGAAAAGAUAUUUUCAUCUAUACAGGAACUUGAUACGGAGAUUGUUGUUGCCACUGCUAGGGGGACAAAUACAAAUGCAACUGCUGUCUCUGCAAAUGUAAUUGUUGAUGAGAGGCAGAUGAAUGCACUCUUUCUUGAUGUGGUUCGGGUGAGUGAAUCAUAUGGACUGCGAUUUCCAAGGGAGUUUGCACUUCUAAUGAAACAGCUCCUAUAUUUUGACCGGUAUACGCGGUUGCUGGCCCCCAACUUGAACAUGCUUCAGGACCAAAGGAUAUCCAUCGUGUCGAAUAGAAGAAGCAACUAUAGGGACAACUUCAAAUAGAUUAUGCAAUUGUAGAUGUAUUGAUGUCAAUUUAUCUUAUAUUUCUCUUCUUCUGUUUUCACCUUUCCCCCCAUUUAUCAUACAGCUUUAUGUAUAUGCAAGGAAAAAGAAACAGGGGUACUGAAUAGUUGGGUUUACUGUAUGUUUUAUAUAGUACAUUCAGAAAUUGGAAAAGAGAUUUAUGUCCCUAAUACAGGGUUGGAGUUGCUGAUUAACUCAAAAUUUGUAUGAAGUUUAGCACAUGGUUGAUCA